UCUCGCGGUACUUUGCGUCAUAGACCGAUUGAUCUGCAUAGCGACGCAUAAAGUCAAACACGUCUUAUGUCACUAACAGCAACAUGAGGACUCUGUCAAGACUGAAGAGCUGCUUGUCAAACGUGUCAUGGACCGUAUGGCGAAACAGAUGCCGCUGGAACUUCUCAAUACACAGACUGGAGUCAAACAGGACCCUCCUGAAACAUCUCACCUCUAAGAUCAACUCCACCGGUCCUAUUUCAGUAGCUGAGUAUAUGAGGGAAGCCCUCACCAAUCCUGUGUCAGGCUAUUACACGAGGAAUGACAUGCUUGGACCGGAUGGAGAUUUCAUUACGUCACCAGAGAUCAGUCAGAUUUUCGGGGAACUGUUAGGUGUCUGGUGUGUCAGCGAGUGGAUGGCAGCUGGAAAACCCAGCCCGUUUCAUUUAGUGGAACUUGGACCAGGCAAAGGCUCAUUGGCCAGUGACAUCCUGAGGGUCUUCAGACAGUUAAAAAGUGUGCUGGGUGAGGCAGAGGUGUCAGUUCAUCUGGUUGAGGUCAGCCCAAAACUGAGCCAAGUUCAGGCCGAGUAUCUCACCAGUGAUCAGAAGCUGGUGUGUGAUGAUGAAAAUGAGCUGGUGUACCGCAGCGGCACCACACACGCGGGUCUGCCUGUGUACUGGUACCGCAGGAUUGAGGACGUCCCAAAGGGUUUUAGUGUCUUUCUCGCCCAUGAGUUUUUUGAUGCUUUGCCCAUUCACAAGUUUCAGAGAACAGAGAAAGGCUGGCGGGAGGUUUUGGUUGAUAUUGAUCCUGAAAGUCCAAAUAAACUGAGAUUUGUGCUUUCUCCCAGUCCAACGCUGGCAUCUGCAACACUUGUGCAGCUAGAUGAGAGCAGACGGCAUGUGGAAGUGUGUCCAGAGGGUGGAGUCAUCAUUCAGAACCUGGCCAAUCGGAUCGCAGUGGAUGGGGGAGCGGCACUGAUCGGAGACUAUGGACAUGAUGGAACAAAAACUGAUACGUUCAGAGGCUUUAAAGGACAUCAGCUGCACGGUGUGUUGGAUUCACCUGGGAUGGCAGAUCUUACAGCAGAUGUGGACUUCAGUUACUUGAGAAAGAUGGCAGGAAAUCAGGUGACCUGCCUGGGACCAAUCACACAACAGUCCUUCCUGAAGAACAUGGGCAUUGACGCACGCAUGCAGGUCCUUUUGAAGAGCUGUCAUGACAGAGACUCGAGAGCACAGCUUAUUCACAGCUAUGACUUCUUGACCAACCCUGAGAAAAUGGGACACAGGUUUCAUUUCUUGUCUGUGCUGGGUCAAGAUCGGAUAGCUUUAAAUAAAGGACAUGAAAAGCCUGUGGCUGGCUUUACUGAACUGGUCCGGUAGUAAAGAAUCUCUCACAGGCUAUGAAGAACUACAUCUACUUUCAUCUGAUAGAUGCAACCAUGUGCUGGACUUUGAUUGUCUGAUUCAGACCAGAACAUAUUGUAUAGUUUGAAUGUUUGCAGUUCUUAUUACAGUAUCAAUAAAUGUAUAAAAAAUAGCUAGAAUCAUCAAUUUUUGCAGAAGUCUGAAUAUAAUUUUUGUGUUGUGUAUGAAGUUCUCAUUGUAACUUUCAUUUGAAAUAAAGCUACAUUUAAAUGGCAUUAUAGAAAA